GGUUGGAAUGGCUGCGCCACCGUUGCCGAGGCGACGACUUGGUUACUUCCGUUGGUCUCAAUGCUUCCGGGUUGGCGUUGCGGUGGCGUUUCCGACUUUGGGAGCCUCGGCUUCCCAGUCGUCCGAUGAGCAGGAGCAGCCGAGUCCCUUCCCUGUCUUUCACUCUUCUGGCAUCGGUGGUUUUACUUCUUCGAUUGAACCCUGCUUCCUCGACCCCCCUGGGAGGCCGCCUCCUUCAGGCGCCUCCCUUCUCUCUACGAAUUCGCUCUGACAGCUGAGGAACUGGCAAGAUCCUGCUACCCAGAGGGUGAAUGGGUAUCUUUCCCGGAAUAAUCCUAAUUUUUCUAAGGGUGAAGUUUGCAACGGCGGCCGUGAUUGUAAGCGGACUGGUUUACAGUGUCCUGUCAAUUUUCUACUGUACAGCAAGCACCAGAAAAGUGCCAUUGUAAGCCAUGAGAUGUCUGGUCUGAACUGGAAACCCUUUGUAUAUGGCGGCCUUGCCUCUAUUGUUGCCGAGUUUGGAACAUUCCCUGUGGACCUGACCAAAACACGGCUUCAGGUUCAAGGCCAAAGCAUUGAUGUCCGCUUCAAAGAGAUAAAAUACCGAGGAAUGUUUCAUGCCUUGUUCCGAAUCUAUAAAGAAGAAGGUGUAUUGGCUCUAUAUUCAGGAAUCGCUCCUGCUUUACUAAGACAGGCAUCAUAUGGCACCAUUAAAAUCGGCAUUUACCAGAGCUUGAAGAGAUUAUUUGUAGAACGUUUAGAAGAUGAAACUCUUUUAAUUAAUAUGAUAUGUGGGGUAGUGUCAGGAGUGAUAUCUUCCACUAUAGCCAAUCCCACCGAUGUGCUAAAGAUUCGAAUGCAGGCUCAAGGAAGCUUGUUCCAAGGCAGCAUGAUUGGCAGCUUCAUUGAUAUAUACCAACAAGAAGGUACCAGGGGUCUGUGGCGGGGUGUCGUCCCAACUGCUCAGCGGGCUGCCAUCGUUGUGGGAGUAGAGCUACCAGUCUACGAUAUUACGAAGAAGCACCUAAUAUUGUCAGGGGUGUUGGGAGACACAAUCUUAACUCACUUUGUUUCUAGCUUUACAUGUGGCUUGGCUGGGGCUCUGGCUUCCAAUCCAGUUGAUGUGGUUCGAACUCGCAUGAUGAACCAGAGGGCAAUUGUGGGGCACGUGGACCUCUACAAGGGCACUUUGGAUGGUAUUUUAAAGAUGUGGAAACAUGAAGGCUUUUUUGCACUCUAUAAAGGAUUUUGGCCAAACUGGCUUCGACUUGGACCCUGGAACAUCAUUUUUUUUAUCACAUAUGAGCAGCUCAAGAGGCUUCAAAUCUAAGGACUGAAUUAUAUGUGAGCCAAGUUCUGUCAACCUUUCUACUCUUUUCUUUUCCCUUUUCCUGUGUUCUAAUGUAUUUUGACAAAGUCGUAAGUAUUUACUGAACCAUUUGUCUCCUAAGGUCCUUCUGAUGGAAGAAUGAUAGGAUGGUUCAAAAUUGCUUAUGUGUUUGUGUUACCAUGUGAACUUUUCCCUGAGAGGAAGUAUUAACAUUGAGACUCUGGCCCCAGAUUGGUAUCUUCUGUGAAGAUGGAUACUGAUGGAUGACACUCAAAAUGGCCUUCUCUCCAAAUGUGGGUUAAAUGUAGUUUGUUAGCCCCAGACUUGGGCUAGAGCAGAAAGCAUAGGCCAGGGCAGUUAUUGUAUGUUACAGACCUCGGUUCUCAUUAAAAAGUAUUUAUUGGCAGAA